CUCCGGCUUGAGCACGGGUCCCUGAAGAACGAAUCCAAACAAUCAGGUAACUUUUGACUCCUCACUUUCCCGCACUCCAUAAUUGGUUAUUUCUUUUCGACAUCAACAGGAGCCAAAACGCGGCAUCAGUGCUCUGUUUGUUUUCACGACUCCAAAAUAACUUUCUUCAAUACCGACGCGGUCCACUAUUCAAUUAAAUUCAUCCAACAAGCACAAGUUUUAGCACAACAGUCACCAUGGUGCUUGGACGAGUUACCCAUUACGCGUUUGACGCCGUCCUUUUGUCGGCUUUCCUGGCAGGCAUGAAACGGUCGACAGGCUUGACCUUCAAGACGGAUAGGCUUGCUGGAGAGAACAAGGAGCUGAACGGCUGGGUUCAAAAGUACUUGGGCGUCGGCGAGUGGGUGCUGGAUCAGUCCGCCGCCGUAGCGGGUUCAAGUGGGUGGUUUGAGAGGCGGCAGUAAGAAGUCAUCGAUGGAGUUGGAACAUUAUAAAGCAACGUGCACGGCCGUUUUCGACCGUGUGAGAUGACUGGUGUACGGGCUUACCGGUUCGUCUGAUGUGUUUGUUUGGUUGGCGUUGACGGCGUCUUUUGGGUCUACUCACUUCUCACAGGAUAUUUAACUGCGAGGCUUGAACUCCACUUGCUAUUGGUUCUUCACCAAACAUUUUUGUUCGCAGCACGUCUGUAGGCGGGCGUGACGUCGUGGUUGUUAGGGUACCACGUCCUUGCCGGCCCUCCCGCUCGUUUUCCGGCCACGAGCAUGCUUCAAUCAUUGUUAGUGACAUGAUGCACGAUUGUCCACUUUGACACAUAAGGUGGCUGCAAGUUGUGACUGCUUGUGUCUUCCCGGACUCGUCAUGCCCUGUGCGCUUUCACGAUACAUAUGGCAGUGCAUCUACGCAAGUCAACAAGCUCACCGCCCUGGUGAAAGCCGAAAUGACACUUUUCAGGAGAGAAAUACAAAUACAAGUCCAGUAUCAGGAAACGACCGUUGCCGACAUGAAAAUUUCAAGUCUGGCUUACCAUAGAGUAUAUCACUAACCCACAUGUAACUGCAACUAAUAUUUAUAUUGGACCGUAGAUCAUGUUAUUCAAAAUGUACAAUGAAGCUAGAUACCCAACGGCAAUCGGGGAUGCGUCUGCAAAAAAACAAAU